AUCGUGCGCUUUUAUGGUCCUGCCCGAAUAUUGUUUUUUUAACGUGACCGGAUGGUAACCGGUGCUCUAAUUGAUUGUUAACUAAUUGCACGCAGCGAGCAUCAUUUAAUGCUUCUUUUGGACGCUAUCUGAAGACAUGUACAAGUUCCUGUUGAUUGCCAACUGCGAACAGCGGCUGCGUUACGCCUACUACUUCUAUCCGGUCGACAAAGCGAAAAGGCCGUCCUUGGAAGCCGCGCUGAUCAAGAAAUGUCUUUCCAGGAAUCAAAACAGCUGCUCAUUUUUUCUGCACGACGGCUUCAACAUCGUGUACCGCCGGACGGGACAGCUUAUACUGAUCAUUGGUACAGAUGACGAUGAGAAUAACCUUGCCGUGUACGAGUUCGUACGUGCCUUCAUACAAGUCCUAGAUGCCUACUUCUCGGGAGUGACUGAAAAGAAGAUCGUUGCCGAGUUUUUCAAGCUGCACCUCGUCCUUCAGCACAUGGUCAGUAAUGGGAACGUGUCGGAGACCAACGUACAAAACAUCCUGGAACGGUUGAAAGCUUUCGACAACGCCUGAGUCUGGACUUGACUACGAUGCCGCUUCGGACCGUGGGCAGCGCAAGGUCGUCUUCAAAAGUGUGAGCAGGCAGUCUCAAAGACUUGCCUGCUCACAAUGACAUUGGUCGAGUCCUUGCUCACGAACUAGAGGUCGCCCUUUGACAAAGUGAGACAAGUCACUAGUGAAGUGGUUGCUUGUCGGUGCACAUUUUAAAUACGCGCAAAGAGCUUUUCUUAAGUAUGGACCCUUCUGUACAAAUACGCACAAAAUGAAAAUCACUGGUAAUACUUUUGCCAGAUUUUUAUCU